AUGGCUCCUCCCGAUUUAAACUCUGUCCCUCCCUCGCCGCGACUCGGUCAUACUUCCCAACCUGAUCCUGAGGUGCCCUCUACGAACCGGACAUCUCACACUAUGGGCCCACCACCGAUGCCAGUAAAUACUAUGUCACCCACCAUCACUACCGAGCCUGCAGGCCUAGGACCAGGUCCUCUACGUCAUCCUCGUCCUAUGACUGCCGCUGACUUACACCUGGUGUUGGAAAAGGAGCAGGAGGCAGUUGUCAAUCGCCUAACAAGGGAACUGACUCUUCUCCGACAACAAACUGCAUCCGUUGCAUCGACUGCGUCUUCUACAUCGACGGGCUUAACUGAUCCUACGGACACAUCAGUGUAUCCUACGUCAUCCCGUCAACAUCGUUCGUCUUCGAAUCUGAGUUCUCACAUUCCUCCCGGAUCGGCAGCAUUGGCGUCGAGUGUUUCGAGCAUUGCCCCUUCCCGCGAUACCGCACUACCGUCGUCACGUCCCUCAGGGGAGUUUACCCGUGUGGGACGCAGUCGGGAGCCUUCAGUUACCUCACCACGUCAACCGGUGUCACCGUACGGUGAUGUGGGCUUCCAAUAUUCUCAAUCGCAAGGUCAACAGAGCCAUCGCAGCUCUGUAUCCCAUUCUCACAAUGCUGCCUAUCCGCCUGAAGCUCGGCGUUCGACCUCGAUAUCCUCGACAGCGGGCAGUCGGUUCGAAGAGGCCGCACAACAACGAGCAGAGCUCGAAGCUGUCAAAAGGGAGAAUGAGAUGCUUCGGCGACGAGUGCGCGAAUUGGAACAGACGCUGAAGGUUUAUCGCGAUCCGCAUGUACACUCUCCGGAAGAGCCCUCAACGUCUACCCUAGCGACUGGUAUGCGGGAUACCACUCUAGCAGGGUCAUGAUUUCAUACUUGGGAUUACUACAAGAUUGGAUAUGUUUUUGUGUGCUUGAGCAAAGCUGGUAAAAGACUGCGUAAUAAAUCAGACAGGGCACUACAAUCUUUUCCUUUU